AUGAAAGCACUGAAUGGCACUUUUCUGGCUCUGUCUUGCGUCACCGUGGCUUUGCGUGUCUGGACACGGACGAGGAUAGUCAGAUGCUGGUCGUGGGAUGAUUGGUUCAUUCUGUUAACUUUGGUGACUACCUGUCCGCGUUCACAUCCUCUAGCACGUCGAGGGAGAGUGUCACUGCAGAGUGGGAACCAUGCUAAUGGCGCAUCACAGCUCAUCUGUGCCGAACAAGCCCUCUACAUAACCGGCACAAUCUGUCUCAAGAUCUCGCUCGCCUUCUUCUUCCUCCGCUUCCUGAUAACUCCUUGGUCGCGCCAUAUAAUCUGGAUCAGCGUUACCAUCUACACCCUCCUCGCUACCUCCAUGCUCUUCCUCGUAAUCUUCGAAUGCGGACUCCCUGGCAACUACGUCUUGAAACAAGCAUCUCACCAAUGCGUCUCUUUCCACAUCCAGAGUUCCGUCGGGUUCGCUCAUGGCGCUGUAAACGCACUCACCGAUUGGCUCUUUCCCAUCCUGGCGAUCCAGUACUUGGUGCGUACGAAACUCUCUCCCAUGGCUAAGAUUUCCUGUGCGGGUAUUCUGGGAUUGGCCGUGUGUGGUAGUAUCGCAUCUAUCGUGCGCACAAUCUAUAUCCCUGACUUUGGACCUGGCGGCAAUAUCUACAGCAGGACUAUGAAACCCUUGGUUUGGACUUUGGUAGAGGGGGGUCUAGGUAUCAUCGCAGCGAGUCUGGCAACCCUCCGUCCUCUGUUC